CACUUAACAAUCUAAAUCACUUGUAAACGAGAAAGAAAAUAUGAAGCUUAUCUUCUCGGUCGCUCUCGGAGUCAUUGCAUCUUGUUGUGCGAGAAAGAUGCCGAAUAAGUUCCCCCAAUCUUGUUAUAAGACUCCUCCGCCGCCACCACCGAUGGAUGAAGCAAGAGAGCUGUCCACGGAAGAAAUUAUGUUCCCCCCACCUUGCUAUAAUACUCCUCCACUGCCAUCACCAUUGGAUGAAGCAAGAGAGCUGUCCACGGAAGAAAUCAUGUUCCCUCCACCUUGUUAUAAGACUACUCCACCGCCACCACCAGUGGAUGAAGCAAGAGAGCUGUCUACGGAAGAAAUCAUGUUCCCCCCACCUUGUUAUAAGACUACUCCACCGCCACCACCAGUGGAUGAAGCAAGAGAGCUGUCUACGGAAGAAAUCAUGUUCCCCCCACCUUGUUAUAAGACUACUCCACCUCCAUCACCUCUGGAUGAAGCAAGAGAGCUGUCCACAGAAGAAAUCAUGUUCCCACCACCCUGUUAUAAGACUACUCCACCGCCACCACCGGUGGAUGAAGCAAGAGAGCUGUCCACGGAAGAAAUCAUGUUCCCCCCACCUUGUUAUAAGACUACUCCGCCGCCACCACCGGUGGAUGAAGCAAGAGAGCUGUCCACGGAAGAAAUCAUGUUCCCCCCACCUUGUUAUAAGACUCCUCCACCGCCACCACCGAUGGAUGAAGCAAGAGAGCUGUCCACAGAAGAAAUCAUGUUCCCCCCACCUUCUUAUAAGACUCCUACACCGCCACUACCGAUGGAUGAAGCAAGAGAGAUCUCCACAGAAGAAAUCAUGUUCCCCCCAUAAGACUCCUCCACCGCCACCAACAAUGCAAGAAUACUGAUUCGUCAAAUAUAUAAAUGUGAUUGACAAUUUGUCUUAAACUUUACCUAUAUAAUUUGAAAUAAAAAAUUUCAUGUGUCUUGUUCUCUUGAAAACAUAAAAGAAACAAAUGCGUUUGGAUUAAGAACAUGCAUGCAUACGAGACAACAAGAUACACAGAACUAACAACGUGAAGACAUCUUUCACUGCUAUUUUCUUCCUUCUCCUCACCCUCCUCCACUAACAAGCUUCUUCCGAUCUCACCGUGGCAGAAUACACCACCAAAACGUAACUCGGGAAGUUCUCCAAGAACGGCGAGCUAUCUGCGUUAGGACAACCAAAAAGGGAGUCACUACGUACCUACCAGC